UGCCGCGGAGGCGGGGAAGAAGCGAUGGGCGGGCCGCGGCCGGGAUAGCUCGGGACGCCGCGACGACGGGGUUGUCAUGGAGCCGCGGGGCCGGGCUCGCGCAUGCGCCACCAGACCCGCGAGUCCGGUCGUGGAGCAGCGACCCCGGCCCUAGGGCAUUCCAGAUGACAAGAGUCCUGAUGAGUCUACUUCCGGCCCAGUGAAACAUGGAGAGGAAAAUCCCGUCCAGAGAGAGCCCCAGAAGACUCUCGGCCAAGCUAGGCAAAGGCACGGAGGUGAAGAAGGUGGUUCGUCAACACGGUGUGGCUGCUGCUGAGUCAGAUAAGGACUCGGGAUUUUCAGAUGGGAGCUCAGAAUGUCUGAGCUCGGCAGAGCAGAUGGAGUCCGAGGACAUGCUGAGCGCCUUAGGCUGGAGCCGAGAAGACAGGCCAAGGCAGAGCUCCAAGACGGCAAGCAGUGCCUUCCCUGCACUGUCCCCCAUGGUCGUCAUGAAGAACGUGCUGGUCAAACAGGGCGGCGGCUCCUCCCCGCUCCAGUCCUGGACUGUCCAGCCCUCCUUUGAAGUGAUCUCGGCGCAGCCACAGCUCCUGCUCCUUCACCCACCCAUGCCGUCUCCUGUCAGCCCGCGUCACGCUGGCGAGAAAAAGUCAGACUCCAGGAACUACCUGCCUAUUCUCAAUUCUUACACCAAAAUAGCCCCCCACCCAGGCAAAAGGUGCCUCAGCCCAGAAGAAAGAGGAGAGAGUGGAAUGCAGAAGAAGGUCUGUACUGAGAGACUCGGGCCGAGCCUGUCUUCCGGUGAGCCAACCAAGCCUGGUGCUGUGCCAUCCAGUCCCCCAGCGCCCGCUCCUCCCAGCGCCAAGCUUGCUGAGGACUCAGCUCUGCAGGGGGUGCCCUCCCUGGUGGCAGGCGGAAGUCCACAGACUCUUCAGCCAGUGUCCAGCAGCCAUGUGGCUAAAGCUCCUAGUCUGACCUUUGCUUCCCCCGCCAGUCCUGUCUGUGCAUCAGACAGCACCCUGCACGGGUUAGAGAGCAGCUCCCCCCUCUCGCCACUGUCAGCUAAUUAUAGCUCACCUCUCUGGGCCGCCGAGCACCUCUGCCGCAGCCCAGAUAUCUUUUCAGAGCAGCGGCAGAGCAAACACAGGCGCUUUCAGAAUACCCUAGUAGUCCUACACAAGUCUGGUUUGCUGGAGAUCACUUUGAAAACCAAGGAAUUAAUUCGUCAGAACCAGGCAACUCAGGUGGAACUAGACCAGCUAAAGGAGCAGACCCAGCUGUUUAUAGAGGCCACCAAGAGCAGGGCUCCUCAGGCUUGGGCCAAGCUGCAGGCGUCUCUAACAUCUGGGUCUCGUCAUACUGGCAGUGACCUAGAAGCAUUCUCUGAUCACCCAGACAUAUAGCUGAGAAGGCAUAUUUUCCUGUUACUUGAGCGGUUCCUUUUAGCUCCUUUGCUAUUCUCUUACUCCUGUUUCCCAAAACUUAUGUAAGAGCUUUCCUUCUAAACUUAAACUCUUCAGCAGUUCACUUAUGAAGCCACAUGCCAAUACCUGGCUGCUGUUUUAACCUGUGGUCUAUGCACACUUUACUUAUGUCUCCGUUCCACUGAGGACCUCAGAUUCGGAGUGUCCUUGAGUCUCUUUUCCAUAGCCUGCAGGCACUUGGAUGGAUUACAGGGCAGAGCAGUGGAGAUGACUGUGGGGCUCUUCCAGCUGUCACCUCCCACCGUCCCACUCACUCACUGUGAUCAGGGGCCAGUGACAUGGAUGAGUGUACCUGUCAAGGUACGACACAAGAGCGACACCUGUCAAGCCAGGGAGUAGGUGACUCGAGGAUCCUUCGUGGCUCUGCCCUGGAAUGUCUUAGUCUCAGAGGAAAAUAGGAGGUG